AUCAUCGCUUGCGGGUUCAAGCAACACACAGAUCCGUUCCAACGACGACGUAUUCUCGAUGGCCGACGAGGAGCGAACCGACGCAGACGAGGGGUUCCAGACGGGCUUCCCACGGUCGCCGUCAUCCUUUGAUGCGGACCCUCGAGUGUCGUUCUCCAAGUUGGACGACAAGUUUAUCCUCGAGACCGACGAGGGCAAUGAAUUCGUGUGGGACACCGCUCUCAGAAGAUGGAUACCAACGCUAGAUCAAGAACUAUUGGAUCAACAAGGCGAAAUCUACAAGGUUGAAGGUGUCGACGAGAACGCAACAGUACCGAACAAGAAGAAACGGAAGCAAACCGGUGAUGAGGCCGGCCAGAAACCCAAGAAAGCUCGAGUCAACACCGCUGUCUAUGUCACUUCGCUGCCUCUGGAUGCCGACCAGGAGGAGAUCCAACAUGUUUUCUCCAAGUGUGGUGUCAUCACGGAAGAGAUCGAUUCAGGAAAGGCAAGAAUAAAGAUGUAUGAGGAUGACAAGGGACAAUUCAAAGGCGACGCUCUGGUGGUAUACUUCCGGCCCGAAUCUGUCAAUCUAGCAGUGCAGAUGUUGGACGAUACGGACUUCCGGCUCGGCACGGAGGGACCCCUGGGGAAGAUGAGAGUUCAAGCAGCAGACUUUUCAUACAAAAGCCAACAGGAUGCGCCUGCCAAGACGAACAAGAAGGACCAGAAAAAGGUUAUCAAGAAGACACAAAAGAUGAUUGGUAAACUGACGGAUUGGGACGACGAUGACCCUCAGACACUACAGGACACAAGCUCGCGAUGGGAUAAGGUGGUCAUCCUAAAGCACAUGUUUACGCUCGAGGAAUUAGAGGAGGAUCCAGCCGCAAUGCUAGAGAUCAAGGAGGAUAUCCGGGAAGAGUGCUCCAAACUCGGCGAAGUGACAAAUGUGGUGCUGUUCGACAAGGAGAAAGACGGUGUUGCGAGCGUGCGGUUCUCCAACGCAGAAGCCGCCGCAGCGUGUGUUAGGGUCAUGAACGGCCGGUGGUUUGACGAACGACAACUCGAAGCACACAUAUCCACAGGCAAUGAGAAGUUCAAAAAGUCUAGCGACAAGCACUUUGACGACAACGAAGAGGAAGGCGGAGAAGGUGAGGGCGGGCGAUUAGACAAGUUCGGUUCGUGGCUGGAGAAGGAAGGGUGAGAAGAACACCUUGACCGAGGACCCCAAGGCGUAUAGCCCGAGGGGACUCGCUCUUCAAUGAGCACGUGUCUUGGGACUGAACGACAUCAGGACGGCUCCACGAUGCCCAACGACGCAAAUAGGUCUUCAAUAAGAAAUCAAGCUUCAGAUCUGAGAACCGGCGAACCUGUUUCAGAAAAAGUGGCAUCGUCUGACAGGGGGUACAUUGACGAUAUAUGUUCAUGUUCGAGCACGCUCACAACAGCGGGUG